UUUGAACUCUUGAUGUCCUAUAUAAGCCGAAUAUUCACCGGUAAUGGCAUGACAGAAGCCGGGUGGCGAAACCAGCACUUCAAGUCCUUCCUUCCACAGCGACAAGCCGAUACCUCCUUCCUCCAGCUAUUCUCCCUUCUUCGUCAUCUGGUUUGCUUACCUCCUAUAGCCCAAUACAUGGCUGUCCGCGGUGGCAUUUCUUGGAUUAGCAUUCUGGCACAGGAUGAACUUAACCGCGUACUGAGAAAUAUGCGUCACACUCCUCAUAGUAGCAGCAGCAACCAAGGAGUUGUUUUUUUCCAGCUUAUCCAGAUCCUUAAUGCUGUCCUAAGCUAUCAUCCGCAUAUCCGUCGGCACUGCCUCCGUGACCAGCUCGUGCCUCUGAUGCGCAUGGAUCUUCAGCUUGCUUCGAUGACGUUCCUACCACCAGCUCUGACAGUAGCCUUGAACGAUAUCCUACAGAUAACAACCCCGGCACCAGACCUAAGAAGUAAAGCGGAGGAGGAAGAUGCCUACAUAGCGGCAGUCGUGAGUUUGCUCGUGGAGGAAGUCGAAGAGAUGGAUACGUACUCUCUGACAACUGCUUCUAACCCUACAUUGCUACGUCCAAGUUCUGGCAUUCCUUCUCCCGAGACUAGUAGUAAAAACCAGAAACAUCGUAAGGUUUGCAUGCUUUUACGCAUCCUGAAGGAUUCUAUCGCUCCUCCUCGGACGCAUACGCCCUAUCGAAUUCAGUUUCGACGCGCGCCCUCUCAAGACGAUUUUUUCCGAGGAAAUCUUGCAAGAAAUCCGGUGUGGGCCAAAGACAUCGAGGAUUUCGUCUCCGAGUCAAAUGAUGAUGAGGCAAUUAAUGCUAAAGAUACAAGUCAAAUACAUGGAAGGGAGGAGGGGCCGACGGUGAGAGAUUUGAGACGGUGGUUGGCGAGGGAGCUUGGGAUCGUUGACUCACUGGAGCUCCUGGAGUGUUUGGUGACUGGGAAAAUCCUUUCCUUAAAUUUACCCUUGCGUUUGGUCUAUUCCGGGAUGUGGAGGGAAUGGGUGAUGAAGAAGCAUCCGGAGAUGUAUGGGAUGGACAGGGGGAAUGAGGGUGGUGGGUCAAGAGGAGGAGCCGGGGUUGGUGGAGGAGAAGAGGUAGUGCAAUCGGAACAAGAGCGGGAGUCCGAGUUGAGUGAUGCAAAUCUUCCACCUAUGGUAGUAACCUACCGACUGAUGGGUGUGGAUGGAGAGCCAACAGAGGAGGUAGUAGAGACUUUAGAGGACGAGAAGGCUGAAGACGAAAAAGCGGCAGCAGCAGCACUGUCGCUGAAAAUGAUUGAGGUGAUUGGCAGUGUCAAUGGGGGCUUACACGCCCUUUUGACACUGGUACGUCCUCCCAUUUCUCCUUCAUCUUCCCUGAAAGAACGGGAAAUUUCAUCGUUGGCCAUCAAGACUUUGCGGCUUUGCUGCAAAGCCCCCGAAAAUCGCUCCAGACUCUUAUUGCGAUUGAAUGGACCGGCGACCCUGCUUUCGUACUUACUGACAGCCUUGAGAAUGUCGCGCCGUGGGG